UCCCUGUUAUAUAAUAAAAGAUGACACCCCACCCCCAGUGUUCUAUCUAACAUUCGAACUCAUCCAUUCAACAAAUUGAUUAUUAUUCCUUUCUAACCCAACCGGAGAAUCAAUCAAGAUGUCAGGGUUUGCACAGGACUGGGAGCCGGUGGUCAUCCGCAAGAAAGCCCCCACCGCCGCCGCUCGUAAGGACGAGAAAGCCGUCAACGCCGCCCGUCGCGCCGGUGCCGAGAUCGAGACUGUGAAAAAGGCUGCUGCGGGUUCAAACAAGGCUGCCUCUAGCAGUACUUCUCUGAACACUAGAAAGCUUGAUGAAGAGACUGAAAAUCUCUCCCAUGAUAAGGUACCGACUGAAUUGAAGAAAGCUAUCAUUCAGGGUCGUACCGAAAAGAAGCUUACUCAAGCUCAACUUGCUCAGCUGAUUAACGAGAAGCCUCAGAUCAUACAGGAGUAUGAAUCUGGGAAGGCUAUACCAAAUCAACAGAUUAUCACCAAACUGGAAAGGGCCCUUGGUGUGAAACUUAGGGGUAAGAAAUAGAACAGUAACGGUUGCAGCUUUACGGGUCCCGUUUUAGUAAAAUGGAAGAAAAAAUAAAGGAGUGGGGGUGCACAAAACCUUUUGUUUCCUAUGAUUUGACCACUUCUUUUAUGGACAUGGAUUAUGUUAUUGUGGAUUUUAUGUUUGGGUGUUGACAAGUCUUGAGAUGCUCUGAUGUGUUUAAUCAUAAAUGUUUAAUACCAUUAUGUUUAUGUUAUAUUUUGGUAACUUUAGGUG